AUGGGGAGGCAACCUUGCUGCGAUAAAGUGGGGCUCAAGAAGGGGCCAUGGACUUCCGAGGAGGACAAGAAGCUCAUCAACUUCAUCCUCACCAAUGGGCAUUGCUGCUGGAGGGCUGUUCCAAAGCUUGCCGGUCGGUGUUUCCUCUCUCUCUCUCUCUCUCUAGGAUAACUGCCUACUGGGUUGUUUUUUUGGAGGAAAGCCAUCUCUUUUUCGACGCACUCAUCAGGACAUUGUUUAUGGUGCUCGAUUGAUCUGGGAGUUCAUAGUUUCCUCUCUCCCAUUAAAAAAAAAGGACAACCUUGGGAACUGCGUGGUAUCAGAAAGGCGUCUUUCAAGUGUGCUUCUUCCUAAUACCUCAUUUAGACGACAAAAACGGACCAUCGGGGCCCAUGGCUAAUGGGGCUACUUCUUCCUUCUGAACCCUCGUGACGGGAAACCUUCAUCCUGCCGCAGGGCUCUUGAGGUGUGGGAAGAGCUGCAGGCUACGGUGGACCAACUAUCUCCGGCCGGACUUGAAGAGAGGCCUCCUAUCAGAGUCUGAGGAGCAGAUUGUUAUCGACCUUCACGCAAAGCUCGGCAACAGGUUCUUCCUCGCUGCCCUCCUCGUCGUGGCUGUUCUUCGCCGUCUUUUGCUGUACACAAAAGGUGUAUUUAUUUAUCGAUUGCGUCGGUGAAGGUGGUCGAAGAUCGCAGCGAAUCUCCCCGGAAGAACCGACAACGAGAUCAAGAACCACUGGAACACCCACAUCAAGAAGAAGCUGAAGAAGAUGGGGAUCGACCCGCAAACCCACAAGCCCCUCGACUCGUGCGACGGGGGUGGCCAGAGAGGAGAAGAACAAAUGGCUGAAGUGGGUGCGGGCGCCGAGACGGCCUCCAAGAAGUUUCCGAGGUCAACGGGGGAGGUGGAUGAGGAGUGGAAAUCUCAGAGCUUCUGCACAGACGAGGUGCCCGUGAUUCUCCCCGAGGAGAUGAUGGUUCCUCCGGCCUCGACUGUUACCUCAAUCUCCCCCUCUUCCCCCUCCUCCUCCUCAAUUAACUCGGCGAAGGUCGAGGAAAACCAACUGGCCUGUAUAAACUGGUCAGAGUCCAUCCCCUGGUGGAUCUUGGAUGAGAGUGAAGGAUGGGACUUGCUCUGGGACCACAGUGAGGGUGGACUGGCCGUGGAGGACCCUUUCAGCGACUAUGGGAGCUCCGUCCUUGAUCAAGACUCCUGGAGUUUCUCUCUCCAGUGA